UUUUGUGACACAAAACGCUUUUUUUUUGCGGCAGCACCAGCAAACGGAUUUGCUUUUGCUUAUUGCUGGGGGUCUCUGUGGCUCCCAGAGCAUAUUUGCUUUGGCUUUUGUCUGUGGCAAAUCUUUACCCAUUUUUCUACUUGGGCGUGAUCGAGUGCCAUGCGUUUCGAGUCUGUACUCUAACAAAUAAUCAUCGCAAUCUUUGAAGGAACACCGCGGAUUCUCAUAAUGUUCAACGAUUUUCAAUAAAUAUCAAAACAUAAUAUGUGCACAAUUUAGUUUAUUAUAAUUUUAAGCAUUGCAGAUCAGUUUAGAAUUUUUAGUGAGAUUUUGACAACUAAGUCUAUUCCAUAUUAGGUAUUUCCCACUAACUCCGAAUAAUAUCAAUACAAAUUUGUAAAAAUGACCUCGUCGACUUCGUCUAUUUCCAGGUGUGUGACUUAUUGUAGCACCUUGGAUCAGGAUAUGGUUAGGAGAAUCGCACAACUCGAGCGAUUAUUGGAUAAAGAAUUUCGGAAGAGUAAUCAAUUGUUCAUGGAUCGACUUUUAAAUUACAAAUUGGAUCGGGAUAAUCUGCCGGAGGAUACUCCGUUGCCCAUAUACCUGGCCCAUCGGGAGCCCCGUAGUUUGAGUCCACCAAGCAGGUGGGACGCCUAAAAGGUUCAAAAAGUCUCGCAUAUUAGUCAGACUGCCAGAAGCAGCAGCAGCAUCUGCAGCAGCAACACCAGCAACAGCAGCAACAUAAUGCAACAUAAAGCGCAGCUCCCAUGACUCAUUUCGCUUGAUGCGCGCGACAUUAAGAGACAAGGCUGAAGCGUAGAAAAACGAGAGAAAUACGGAAAAACACCAUGGUUACGAAGCCGAAACACUCACUUGACUUGAAAAUCUGCAAAAGAAUAACUGACAGUGUACACAAGCAGCACUAAUUGCUGUAAAAUUGCCAACAGUCCUCGGAGGAGCGGGAGCGAAAUCGGGGACUUUGGGUCGACAUAGAACAACAGGAGAACACAAAAAUCACGGCGGCAAAACAACUGGCCGUGUAUUUAAAAAAAAAUCUUAACGGAAUGAAUGCAACAGACGAACGAAUGUGCAACGAAACAAGCAACAGCAGCAGCAGCAACAUGAAGCCGCAACAGCAACACAAGCUGCAAACAACUCAAUUAACACAAACAACCAGCCAGAGAAUCGCGCAAAAGUUGCUGUUGCCUUUGGGCAUUGCCCAGCCAACCACGCCCCCCUAGCCAGCAUGACCGCCCUUUCCCCCACGGCCAAAAGCCCUUUUGAGCCUCAUUUUUUGAACACAUUUUUUGGGUCCCUCGACA